CAGAUCCGGUCCAGUCACAGUCCUGCUGAUGUCCCUCAAGUAAAUAUAGAAAACUAUUAAUAGCAUCUCAUGUUCACAACAAGCAGCUGCUCAGCGACAACGCAAACGCAAUACAAACCAAAUUGUGAAGAUCAUAGGACACACAAAAACAGCAUGGGAGACUUUCAAAACUUUCAACAAGACUUCUAUCAGUCUGGGUAUUAUACGGAUGACCAACAAGAAGAGAUAUAUGGCUAUGAUUCAGCCUACAUCAAUCCAGAAUACCAUAACGUUGAUGGUAACUUCCCCUUGCCAGAUGAAAAUACCACUCCAGCACCUUAUGGGCAAAUGUUUCAGCCUACAGCACAACCUGAGCAAACAGAAUAUACAGAUUCAUUUGAGGAUGAACCACCACUCUUGGAAGAGCUGGGCAUUAACUUUGACCAUAUCUGGCAGAAGACUCUGACUGUGUUAAAUCCAUUGAAGCCAGCGGAUGGCAGUAUAAUGAACGAGACAGACCUCACUGGCCCUAUACUGUUCUGCGUUGCUCUGGGAGCCACACUUUUGAUGGCGGGGAAAGCACACUUUGGAUACGUGUAUGGUAUUAGUGCUCUGGGAUGUGUUGGGAUAUACAUGCUGUUGAACCUGAUGAGUAGUUGCAGCAUAUCAUGUGGAAGUGUGGCCAGUGUGCUUGGAUAUUGCCUGCUUCCUAUGGUAGUGCUAUCGACCUUUGCUGUUGUUUGUUCUCUACAAGGACUUUUGGGCACAUUGUUGGCCUUGUUUGUGAUUGGUUGGUGCAGCUUGUCAGCUUCCAAGAUUUUCACUUCCACUCUUGAUAUGGCUGGGCAGCAGCUACUGGUGGCCUAUCCCUGUGCUUUACUGUACGGCGUCUUCGCUCUCCUUACUGUUUUCUGAUUGUUCCCUUUAAAUUCUUACCUUAAAGAUUCAUACAAAACUA